UGAAAUUAAACUCCUGAGACUAAACUCAUACACUGCAGCUACAAAUAUUCUUUACUAUAAAUACCAAUCACUACAUGCAAUUCAUCAAACACCUACUCAUCAUCAUAGUAUAGUAUUUGAUCAACAAUUAAUGGAGAUGGAUCUCCCCUUCAACUUCACCACUACUCAUCUCCUACUCCUUUCCUCCUUCAUCUUCUUCCUGCUCAAGGCAUGGACCAAACCUAAAUCCCCCAAAGCCCACCAAAACCUGCCCCCGAGCCCGCCGAAGCUGCCGGUGAUCGGCCACAUCCACCUCCUAGUCGGAGAUCUGCCUCACAAGGCAUUGCAGCGGCAAGCGCAGAAACACGGCCCCGUGAUGCAUCUGCAGCUGGGGGAGGUGCCCGCGGUGGUGAUCUCGUCGCGGGAGGCGACGAGGGAGGUGCUGAAAGUGCAGGACCCGGCGUGCGCAGACAGGCCGGAGAGCAUCGCGAGCAAGAUCCUGUGGUACGACUACACCGACAUCGCCUUCUCCGCCUACAACGAGUACUGGCGGCAGAUGCGCAAGAUCUGCAUCGUCGAGCUCCUCAGCUCCAAGAACGUCAAGUCCUUCGGCCACAUCAGGCGGGACGAGUCCUCCCGCCUCAUCAAGUCUCUCGAAUGUUCCUCCGGGAACGCCAUUGAUCUCACGGACAAGAUCUUCACCUUCACCAGCACCAUCACCUGCAGGGCGGCCUUCGGGAAGGUCAUGACGGAUCGCGACGGCCUCAUCGCUCUCUUCAAGGAGGCCGUCGCCAUGGCCGGGGGCUUCGAGCUGGCCGACCUCUUCCCCUCUUGGAAACUGCUCAACGUCCUCAGCUGGAGCAAGUACAGGCUGUGGAGGAUGCGCGGCAAGCUCGACGCCAUCCUCGACGGCAUCAUCGACGAGCACAAGCUCAAGCAGAGCGGCGAGUUCGGCGGCGAGGACAUCGUCGACGUCCUCAUCAGGAUGCAGCAGACCGGAGAGCUCAAAUUCCCCAUCACCACAGACAACAUCAAAGCUGUCAUUUUCGACAUGUUCGUCGCUGGAACGGAGACGUCGUCGACGACGACGGUGUGGGCGAUGUCGGAGAUGAUGAGAAACCCGCGGGUGAUGGAGAAGGCGCAGGCGGAGGUGCGGGCGGCGUUGAAGGGGAAGGAGGCGGUGGAGGAGAGCGACGUUCAGGAGUUGAAAUACUUGAAACUAGUGAUCAAGGAGACAUUCAGGCUGCACCCUCCGAUUCCGUUGCUGCCGCGGCAAACCAGAGAGGAAUGCAAGGUGGAAGGAUACUCGAUUCCGAUCAAAACAAAAGUGAUGCUCAACAUCUGGUCGAUGGGGCGGGACCCACAAUACUGGGAGCAGCCGGAGAAGUUCCAGCCGGAGAGAUUCGAAAACAGCCCCAAAGAUUUCAUAGGAAACGAUUUCGAAUACAUUCCGUUCGGGGCGGGUCGACGGAUCUGCCCCGGGUUGAAUUUCGGGUUGGCCAACAUUGAGCUGCCGUUGGCCAAAAUGCUGUAUCACUUCGAUUGGAAGCUGCCGAAGGGAAUGAGUCAUGAGCGUUUGGAUAUGAGCGAGGGUGAAGGCCUCACUGUUUCUAGAAAGAAACCGCUCAUCAUAAUCCCCACCCUCUGCAAUCCCGUCAACUAACAAUGGAGCAGAUUAUAAUCUCUCAAUAAAUGUUGGACUAAUCUGCUUUGAUCAAUUUUAUGUUCCGAUCGAUGUGGUUGUUUCCGUUGUUUUUCUUCUGUAACUAUUGCGCGCUGGCCUUAAUAACGGCUUCACGUCUUUAUAUAAAGGAAUUAUUAUUAGGGCCAAGUGUUGGACUACGUACCCAAUUUGUUAAAAUGUGUAUUGUUUAUAUACAGUUUUUAUAAAAAAAUCACUUCAUAUCCAUUUUUAUUUAAA